UUGUUCAGCUACCGGAUAGUGGGAGUCUCCUAAGCUAUAUUGUCUAUUUAAGGUUUAAGCGAUACCACCAAUUUAAGAACCCUCUGAUUAUAAGUUAUGAUUUGUCCAGCUUCUUGGGCGUAUUUUUAAAAGUGAGGAUCGAUUCCAUUAUUUACUAAUAAAGAAAUUAUUUUCUAAAGUUGUUAGUUUCCCGUUGGCUGCGUCUUCGUUUACGUUCUUGUUGGAGUUCAAUCCAACGAAUAUUAAAUCAGUUUCCAGUAGGUAAAGGUGAAGUAACAGGAUUAGCAAUAGGAGAAGAUGUAAGAAUUUCAACGGUGGAAGCACUAAAUUCUUUUAUUCCUUUGGCCAUUAAAUUGGGAAUGAUUCUAGAAUUAAAUUGGGUAUUUGAACAAAUAUCUGAACGUGUUUGUGUGUUGGAAGACUUGAGAGAAUUGACCCAGAAGACAAAUUCCUCAAAUAAAAAUAUUAUAGGAGGACAGGAUAUUAAAUGUGUAAGACGCUUUAUUAAUAGACCAGAAUUAAUGGCAAUGCAGGGAAUUGUUGAGAAUUCGAUUCAAGCUUUAAAAAUUGUUCCGAAUGUUGCUAAGCAUGUUGUUAGGUGA